AUGUCGGAAAAACCAGGUUUAUUAUUCUGAGAUUCUGACAAAGUAGUUAAUUUUAUUAAAUUCGUGACGUUCUAAGAAUAAAUUUUCUUAGCUUCAUAUGUAACUGCUAAUUCUAACCUAGUAUAUCGCGACAAUGGUUAAGAAAAAGAGACAGAGUGACCCCAGCGAGAAUGGAGACGAGUCAACGGAGUCCUGCGACGAGACUUCAAAGUCCGCAUGUCCUCACGUAGCUAGGGCAGUGGAGCUCGCCAAGUUGAAGAGGGCCUUAAAGACUAGACUAGGCUUCGAGAAAGAAUGCGUGGAAUGCAAGAAAUGUACUAAAACGGAGGUUGUUGAUACUGAUUUUGAGGAGGAUUUGACUCUCUGGAUGUGCUUACGCUGUGGCACUCAGCUCUGCGGUCGAAUGCGUAACAAGCACGCUCUUAACCAUUUCAACACCCCACAUUCAGACCUGCACGCCAUUACAGCUAACACCACAACAUGGGAAGUUUACUGCUACACUUGCAACAAUGAAAUCGCCGCAACUAGUUCUAAAAAACUUCACGAAUGCAUAGAAUACCUGAAGAAACAGUCUACCAGUAACCCUAAACUACCACCUAUAGAACUACCCCUAGAUACGCUGGGACCAAAAAUGUUAGAACUCACAAUGCCAUUAGAAACUGUUAAUAGAAACGAUAAAGGGAAAGACAAAGCUAUUGCAUUGAACUUGCCCCGUGUACGAGGCCUCACGAAUUUAGGAAACACAUGCUUCUUCAACUCUGUGAUGCAAUGUCUAGUUCAAACCCCAUACUUAUUAAAUGUUUUGCAAGAGAUGUCUAAUCCGGGAGAAAGGUUUACAUUGCCCGGGGGUAAAUUGAAGUUUAAAAUGGAACAGAAUGGGGAAGAUGGUAAAGAGUUGGAUCUUCCUCCUAUAACAGGGAAGUUAGCAGAAUGGGGUCCCCUGACAAGAACGUUGGCAGAAACAUUAGCUGAAUUACAGGCAGUUGAAGGUGGUGUGUAUACUCCGAGAAAAUUGCUGUCGGCACUAGUCACCAAGCUGCCCCAGUUUGGUGGUGGAGAUCAGCAUGACGCCCACGAACUAUUGCGCCAUUUGCUUGAAGCUGUCAGAUCUGAAGAUCUGCGUCGAUACCAGUCGGUGAUUCUUAGCAGUCUUGGCAUGAGCUCUAAAGUGGACCCAUCUAAAGUUGAUGGCGAAGUGAAGCAGAAAGUCAAGUUCUACGGACAACAGGCCUCUGAUACCAUGCUCAGACCUGAACAGGUGUUCCGAGGCUUCCUAGUGUCAACAUUGGAGUGUCAAGAAUGCUUCCACCAGUCUGACCGCGCGGAGUAUUUCUUAGAUCUCUCGCUGCCCGUGGCCACUUCAAGACCACAGCCUCCCGCUCUAGUGAGAAGGAAAACGCCCAAUGACGAAAACCUUUUCAAUCCCCAAGAAGACAAACUGUCAAAGCAUCAAUUGAAGAAGGAAAGAAUGGCUGCCAAAAAAGCGGCACGGAAGAACAAAGGUAACUCCACAAACGACAAGGUAGGCGACGUUAACGGCGCUAAAGAAGACGGCAAGUCUUCCUCCGAACAAUCUGACGCCGACGUGGAGGAUAACCUCGAAGAGAUACCAAGAGCAUCCAACACCCAUUCUACAUCCGUAGGAACCCAGGCCAUUGCGCAAACUGCAGCUAACUUCGCAGCAUACCACAUGGAAUCUGGUUACAAUUCCGAAAAAGUCAUUAACUCCGAUUCCAUACGUACAAGCCCGGUGGACUUGGACAAGGAAAAAACUGAUAACACACCUGAAAAAACAGAUAAGGACAAAGAUUUUGCAGAAGCUAACACAAAUACGUUACCUUUAGAACAUAAACCUUUAAUACCUCUAGAGAACUUUUCGAACCCAGACUCAGGUGUAGCAAGCCCGGAAGCCACUAAACAUAAUUCAACUGAAACUGUCGAUAACGUUGAUUCACCUUUGAACGGAAAAGAGCUAGGAAGCCACAGUUCUCUGUCCAGUGAAAUAAAUCUUGAUCUAUCAAGUCCCCAACAUAAUAAACUAUCCCCGCUUAAAAGUGAUUUUGAAAGACCUGUUUCACGAAUAUCAUUCGCACCGGAAUACUCUAAUGAGGUUGUCUCCAGAGGCAUAAGUGUCCAGGCCAGCAGAGACUUGUUCGAACACAGCUGGGAGUUUAACAACACACGGAAUGAAGAUAAUACGUUGUUCCAAACGAAUAACGAUGUAUCCAACAAGCUCGAAGAGUUAAAACUCGAUAUGGACUCAGAAAUUAAAUGGACACCGACUUUGCCUUCACCCGUGUCGACGGAAAGUGUGCUAGAUCCGCCGCCAACUGUGCCAAGACGUUUUAUCCGACCCACUUCCUCCUCUAUAAAAGCCAAACCGGAUGAUAUAACGUCUUUAGACCGUGAUGCUUCAAGCAAUUACCGACAAAAUGCCGCAUCACCUCGAUAUAUCUGUGACGAAGACGAAUGCUCGAUACAAUCAUGCCUCAGUCAGUUCACAGCUCUGGAACUCCUAACUGGCAACAAUAAAGUCGGUUGCGAGACUUGCACCGAACGAAUCAAUGGUAAAGAUGGCAAAACAGUUUACACGAAUGCUACUAAACGCUUUUUAGUCUCGAGUCCGCCGGCAAUUCUUAUACUGCAUCUAAAAAGGUUCCAGAUCGGGCCCAGAUGUAUGUUCAGGAAGAUGUCGAAACAUGUUGAUUUCCCUACCAUUUUGGAUUUGGCACCGUUUUGCGCGAUGGAUAAAUUGAAGAAGUUGCCGAAUGUUGCUCGUGGACAGAACGAGCUACUUUAUUCUUUAUUCGGAAUCGUUGAGCAUUCGGGGGGCAUGCACGGAGGGCAUUAUGUAGCGUACGUGAAAGUACGCCAGCCGGUGAAACCCGGUGACCCGAGGUGGUGGUUCCUCCCUAAGAGCGCUAACAUCCCCGCGCCAGGAAGUGGUGAUGCCGACGUUGAUUCAGAGUCGGAUCUAUCUGGGUAUGAAUCCGGGGAAGGAGCGGCUCCAAGCAUGGAAGCGCCCCCUGGAAAAUGGUACUACGUGUCCGAUAGUUUGGUGUCCGAAGUGAGCGAGGAAAAAGUUCUGCGUGCACAGGCGUAUUUGCUAUUCUACGAGAGGGUUUUAUAAAUCUUCUAAAGAGCGGGGGCGUGAACUAUAAUCUUUUCGAUCGGCUGAUAGUUUUGCUUUAAGGAUAAGUUAUACCAAAAUAAACCAAGGCUCAAACUUGGUAGCGGGCCCAUUCAACGAAUCUUGGAAACAAUGUGAUAAUCGCAAUUGAUACUGUCCGAGGACACUUUUUAAUUGAAUAAUACACAUGAAUAAUUCUAGAAAACACAAGUUUCUAACACAAGGGGGCUAACUAACUUUGUUAUUUAUUUAUUUAUUUACAAACAAGGGACAAAAAUGUUUACAUAAUUCUUUAAAUCUGUAUUAUUAUAAAAUUCGUCAAGACGUCAAGAUAUGGCAAAUAAACUCAACACUAUAAUAAACUCAAAUAAAAAAUGUUGAAACAAUACUUCUUCAAGCGACGGUAGUAAGCCCCCAGUGCUGGUUCCAAAUCUUUAAACACCUCUCCCACAAAAUGUUAGCAGUCCUUAUAUAUAUUCAAGAAUAGGGUCGUGAAUACUACUUGAGUAUAGAAUUUUUUGUGACCGUUGACUCAUUAGCCAGAAUUCUAUAUUGCAUAAUAUUUACAACUUUAUUCUAUUAAGAAUAAGAACUAUAUUUAAUCAACCAUUAUCAUGCCAGAGCGUCGCUUAGUUUUCAGGAAGCUAGCGAAAGUAGUAGGCUAAAUUAAACCAAAAAAAUAAACUGCGUUUUUGUGACAUAGCUUACAAAGAAAGGGUGUUUAUUAGAAUUGCAAUGAAAACCCCUUGUUUAUAAAAUAUACAUAAUACCCCUUUUUAACCUUUUUUUUUUCUUUCUUAAACCCAGUUUUACAGUACCAACAGGCGAAAAAAAACUACGUGAAUUUUCAUUCAUAGUCGGGAGUUACCUAACUUCUUUGAAGUUUCGUCAACAAUCGGAUCGUUGUAGUCACAACUAUCAGCCGAUUGUUUUGUCCGUAUACGCGGGGACUUGAAGUGGCGGCCUAGAGAGUUGAGUGGCAUUUACGAAGACUGCUCGGUACCGAGUUUAGUGUUGCGAGA